AUGACAGUUCUUGUUACUGGUGCUGCCGGGUUCAUUGCUAAACAUGUUAUUCAUGACCUUUUGAGAGAAGAUUAUAAAGUGCUAGGAACAGUUAGAUCCGAAACUGAAGGGGCUCUUCUUCUACGACAGUUUGAUAAUUCUAAUUUAUGCUUUGAAGUGGUUCCAGAAAUCGCAGACCCUGAAGUGGUAGAAGAAUUAUUUGUAAAACAUGGGGAAGAUAUUGAUGUUAUAAUACACCUUGCAUCCCCGUCUAUACAUUGCAGUUAUGAUUACGAAACGACAAUGAUGAAACCAAUAAUUGAAGGGACCAAAAAUAUAUUGAAUAGUUGCUCUAAAUAUAAAGUUCAAAGGGUAGUUAUCGCUUCUUCUGCGAUGAGCAUGAUAGACUUCUGUACAAUAUACGAUGAUGGGUUAGUUUUCACUGAAGAGGACUGGAACCCAGUUACUAGAAAUAAUUAUGGUAACAUUCCUACAGUAGCCUAUGCGACUGCGAAAAAAUUUGCUGAGUUAGAAGCUUGGAAAUUUGUUAAGAAUAACAAAGUAAGCUUUGAAUUAUCUAUUGUGUGCCCCACUUAUGUGUUUGGACCACGGCUGUUCGAUGGAGACGUUGAUGAUCUUUUAAACUUGGCAAACAAACCAAUUGAUGAUAUAAUUCAUUCGGUUGCAGGGGACCCGUUAGAACCAUAUUUACAUUCUGAAUUCGUUGAUGUUCGUGAUGUCGCCAGAGCUCAUAUAUUAGCAUUCCAACGAGAUGCCGCUAAGGGUAAGAGGUUGGCCGUAAGUGCAGGUAAAUUUAACUCUCAAGAAAUUGUUGACAUUUUAAAUUAUACUUUCCCACAGUUGAAAGGUAACAUUACUCAAGGAUUGAAAUCAGGCGUAGCCGAUGAAACCCUAGGAGCAUGCAUAGGUACUGUGAAAACAAAUGAAAUUUUAGGUAUUAACUACAGAACUUUGGAAGAGACCACUUAUGAUUUAACAAAACAGAUCUUGAGAGUAGAGGGAAAACUGGAGUAG